AGUUGUCAACAGGCUCAGCGAGACGAGGGACAGUUGGACAACUAUUGAUAAUACACGCAUUUGUACGCGUUGGUGUGUUGGAGGGAGUAAGCGGAGUCUUUUGGAUACUCGGUUUUGCUCGACGCGUACCGGAGGGAAAACAAAUAAAGUUUCCUCCCCACGGUAAGCUGUCUGUUUCAAACCUGUUAUUUUAACAGUAUGUGCCAGAUCAACCUUCGACCAAUACGGACUUGACAGCGCAGUGGAUUGGAACUCCGGCAUUGCUCGCCACUUUCUCUUUCAUGUCGACACUGUGCGAGGAGCUAAAGAACAAGAGUCAAAGACUGUUACUGUCACAACAACACGCCUGAUCAACUCAAAAUCCCCUCGAACAUCAUGGGCAUGUGAAACUUGACUCUGCAGUGGGAAUAUGUAUGUUCUCCGCUGGAUUGAAUGGCCCUGAGAAUACACGACAUAAACAAAGUGGGAGUACUGCGAUGACUAGCCAGACCCCUAGCCAUGCAGAGAGCACGCACUCCACAGACGAACAGCCACCUGCGUUGGCGCCCAAGCUCCAUGUCCAGCGAUCACAGUCAAAUCAGACAAUUACCAUUCACUUCUCAGCUCUUGGGAAGGAGGAAGAGGAGGAGGAGGAAGAGUUGUACACAACAUCGGCCUCUGGCGCACACACCACUCGGGAUGAGUUACAUAUUGUGACAGCUCUUGAGGCAAGUGAGGUGAUGUUUGAAGCAGCGCAAUCGGAUGCUCCGGCCGACGUUGAUCUCAUACCGGAAUCCAUCAGACGUUCUCCACUUUCUACUUCUGACGCUAACAGUUCGGUGAAAACGUCAUUACCACACAUUGCCGAACAAAAAGGUUCGAGUUCCAAUUCACCCCCCACUAAAUCUUUGAGCUUUCCCUCUGUUGACAAGCCCUUUCUCAAUAUGGUGAAAUCCUUCUCUUCAGACAUUGAGUGUAAAGAAGGCGUCCCUACUUUUACUGCUCCCACAGUAAGACAUAAGCAUCUAAUGAAAUCUCUGGUUAAAUCCUUAUCUUCAGACACAUCUCAGGACUCAUCCUCACCCUCCCGCCUUCCGGAACCCCGCCUUAAUCUGCAACUCUUCAAACAAUUCACUCAGUCUCGGUUGCAGACUGCUAGUACGUCGUCGGCUGGUGAUUCCAAAACUGCCCCUGCAACUCCGUUAACCUCACCUGACAGCCGCAGCUUCUUUAAAGUCUCAGAGGUUGAGGCACGAAUUGAAGACACUAAGCGCCGUUUGUCCGAGGCCAUCUAUGAACCACUUCAACUCCUGAGUAAGAUCAUGGAUGAGAAGAGCAGCAGCAGCAGCCUUUAUCGACCAAAGGCUCUGUCUGCCAGUGCCUGCGAGCUCUACAACCUGACAUCUGUCAAUGGCCACUUGGAGAGUAACAAUAACUACUGCAUCAAAGAGGAAGAUGGCAAUGACUUGGAGGGUGACAGCCCAAAUAGUGGAACCUCCGGUCCAGCCGAACCUCAUGCGCCACUUCCUUUUGACACAAAGAGUCCCAAUAAAUCAUCAUCUUUCCCCAUAUCUUUGGACAAGUGCUCCAUGUCUGCUCUGGCUAAACAGGAGGAUGAGGACUUUUUCAUUUUGUACAGCGAGGACUUUGAAACGUGUACUGACACUGAACUUGGAACAGGUAAUCCAACUGAAGUGCCUCUAAAUUGUAGUUCUGAGCUGUGCAGCGAGGAUGAAUCUGAAAGUACCGUGCCAGCACCUAGUGUUCCCCUCUACACCCUUUCCAUCCUUACGAUUCUGGUCUAUGGGUAUUUUGUAUUGCCUUUGCCCGACUACAUUGGAGGAAUGUUGCUUGGAGUGGCUUUAGGAUUCUUUGCAGCUAUUGGAGUUGUGUGGCUGACGGGACCAAAGCCUUCAGACAGGUUCUGCAGACCUUCCAAACACCAUGGAAAACUGUGGAAUCUUGCAAAGUUGGACAUUAAAGAACCAGCAAUCUUCAGGGGCUGGAUGAAUGAGAUGAUAAACUACGACCCAGAAACCUACCAUGCAACACUGACACACUCUGUGUUUGUCCGCUUGGAGGGCUCUGUCAUCCGUCUGUCUAAACCCAACCACAACAUUGCACGGCGUGCCACACACAGCGAGCCAAAACCGGAUGUCGCUUACGUCAGUCAGAAGAUUUUUGACUUAACGAAGAGCAAAGUAUAUCUAGUGCCUCACAGCCUGGCCAGGAAAAGAAUAUGGAACAAAAAAUAUCCCAUCUGCAUCAAGCUCGGGAAACAGGAUGAUUUCAUAUCCAAGGCUGAAGGUGAGGCCAGUGAGGGCUUCACAGCAAAGAACAAAGGCGAAGGAACAGGAGGAGCCCCAGAGCCAGCCCGGUCAACCUCUUCAAGCAGAGAAAUGACUCUUUAUCUGUUUGGAAGAACUGGGAGGGAGAAGGAGGAGUGGUUCCAAAGGUUUCUUUCAGCUUCUAAGCUCAAGGUGGAUUUGAAGAAAGUUGCAAGUCCCCCAGAGUCUAAAAGUGCUCAGAGCUGUCACAGUCGCAGCAGUAGCCGUAGCAGUCUGGAUGAUGCCGCGGCUUCACAGCCCAAGACAAAGGACUCCGCAACAGCAGACAGCGACAAAGCCAAGCUAUUGGACUAUAGCGUCUAUAUGGCUUCAUUAUUGCCAAAACAAGUAGCAGUCACCUCUCCUGUUACCAACUCCGAGCUUCACAGUCCCCAGAGCAGCCCCAGAGCUGACAAAAAGCUUCAGAGUUCCAGCUCAUUACAGGAGCAGCCCGAGGAGGAGGAUCCAGUUGCCUGGGUGAAUGCAGCUGUUGGUCGGGUCUUCUGGGAUUUUCUGCGGGAGCCUCAUUGGGCUAAAGUGGUGUCCAAGAAGAUUCAAAUGAAACUUAGUAAAAUACGAUUGCCUUACUUCAUGAAUGAGUUAACCCUGACAGAACUGGACAUGGGCGUGGCCACACCCAAGAUCCUUGGAGCAUCCAGACCUUCCAUUGACUACAAAGGUCUGUGGUUUGACUUGGACAUUUCUUACAGCGGGUCCUUCCUUAUGACCCUUGAAACCAAGAUGAACCUGAUUCGUCUGGGCAAGGAAGGAGAAAGCCUCCGUGUAGGGGAAGAUGGAUUCAGACCUCGGACUUACUGCCUGGCUGACAGUGAUGAGGAGUCUUCCAGUGCGGGCUCAUCAGAUGAGGAAGACGCCUCUGAGCAGUCAAAUGAAGCCACUGGAGCAGAAAGUUUGGUCGGAGGACACAAGCCCAGCAAGAUCAUGCGCUUCGUAGACAAGAUCGCCAAGUCCAAAUACUUCCAGAAAGCCACCGAGACGGAGUUCAUCAAAAAGAAAAUGGAGGAGGUCUCCAAUACCCCCCUCCUCCUAACGGUGGAAUUGCAGGAACUCCGAGGAACGCUUGCUGUCAAUAUACCACCCCCACCCACCGACAGGAUUUGGUAUGGUUUUAGGAAGCCCCCUCACUUAGAACUGAAGGCACGACCUAAACUGGGAGAAAGAGAAGUCACUCUGGCUCACGUCACUGACUGGAUAGAGAAAAAACUGGACCAGGAGUUUCAGAAAAUUUUUGUCAUGCCAAACAUGGACGACGUGUGGCUGACCCUCAUGCAUUCGGCCAUGGACCAACGCACUGCUGCCGGACCGUUAGCUUGGCCUGGAGGGCACUCGGAGAGAGACGGCGCCAGCUAGCCACAGAGAAUGUCUGUUUACAGUGUUCCCCAAGUGGAAGCUUGGAGCAAAAGUGUAUAAAUUAACAAGAGAAACACGCGUACACCCGCACACUGCAAAGAUUCCAAUCAACCAAUACCAAAAGGUAACGAACAAGGUAGUUACACAAGGAGACACGGACGAGAAAGUAUGAUUUGCUGCUCCGUUCUAUAGCAUUUGUUUGUGUUUUUAAAGGAUUUUUAUAACAAUACGACACUCAUUGAUGAUGAACGAUGCGAAUACAGCGGCUCGGCGUGAGCUCACGGGCGAUUUAUGAAGUGCACAUUGUGCUACGGUUAGAGAAGCAUUCACCAGAUACCUUAAGGCCUGCAAAUAACACGACUGCUGCUGAGCUCAGCCGGCAUUGAGAGGUACUGCCGUGUGAGCAGGUAAAAGCUCAGAUUGUGGAUAAUCAGUGUUCAUUAUUUGUGGCGUGACCACUAACUGAAGCCCACGUAUGCCAACAAUGCCCUCUAUUCAUGUUUGUAUGAAAGUGAUGCUCAAGUUGGGAAUAUGAUCAUUUACAAUGUACAUUCCAUACGUAUGUGAACACAAUAAGUGCAAUGAUAAAAAUGCUGCAAUGACUAAUGAAUGAUUUGAUAGAGCUGUUAUCGGCAGAUCUAUUGAAUGUAUGCGUGCAUGGUUGUGAUGUGAUCAUAUGAAGAGUUUCUACCCGUUCACGUUUUGAUAAGAGGUAUGCAAAUGGCUGCACAAAGUGAGACUUUUCAUGUUCUUGUGAUAAAUAUUAUGUAAUCUUGCCAACAUGAUACGCAAUGUAAUUGUCUUUACUUGAUUUGUGUGUAAGAAAUACUGAGGCGAUGGGACGUCAGACCCGACCACAUUUGGGUGACGCGAAGCUAUGUACUUCAAAGCAAAGCCUCGCUUGCAAAGAAUGUAGUGCAGGACGCCUUUUUAACUGUCAUACUUGGCAAAGUCCUUUUGUUGGGCUAACAGUGCCACGGCUCUCUGUCUCUGCACAAAGGUACCGCCUGUUGUCAUGUAAUGUGGUAUUUACAAAUGCUACAAUGCAAUGUAUCAUUGUUUACAGCAAUUAAUACUGUUUUUGUAAGGAUUCUAAUGUGCUACAACACUAGAGCUUUCAUUUGAUUGCGUUUCUCCGUAUGCCUUAGCGGUUUGUUUUUGUUUUGUUUUUUAUACACGAGGUGGCUGAUUUCUGUUAUUUUUGUCCACUUUGGAAUAGAUAGGGUGAGGAUUUUGAGGGCAUAUGAAGGUCAUCGCGUCAUGAUUCGUAUGAAUUAUCUUAUUAUGGUCGCUAUUACUUUACUUACAUUUAAAAUGUGCAAUUUUAAAGCCAAAUUCAGUGAUGUAUCUGCCUUAUUUAUGGUCA